AGCAAGUGCAUUAAACCAAAUAAAUUUCAUUAUUUUCCCCAAGUCUUGUACAAAGGAUUCAGUGAAUUUUGAAAACGUCAAACCAAAGUAGAAAACUCGAAUAGCUCUCUUCCUUCUUCUUCCCCAAAUACUUUUCUUUCAUCCUCAAAAAGGCCCGCAUUCCAAAAUUAAUCCUAGGGCUUCUUAAUUCGCCGGUACGUUUCUCGCAAUGAUGGCGAGCUCCUCCCAGCUCGCCAAAUCCGCCAUGAUUUCGUUUUCUAAACCUCCGUUCUGUCUAUUUGCGGUCUACCUUUUCAUUGCCGUCUUCUGGUCGUCAACAUCCGUCCGGGGAGAGUCGACCAACAACCACAUCCUGUUGCCGUCCGAUCGGGACAACGGCGUCAUAUGCCCCCCGAUCCAGGAAUCUCCCGCUUCCUGCCCAAUCAACUGUUUCCGACCACACCCGGUUUGCGGCGUGGAUGGCGUGACCUACUGGUGCGGUUGUGCCGAUGCUCAUUGCAACGGUGUGCAGGUGGCAAGUUUAGGAUUUUGCGACAUCGGGAAUGGAGGGGCGGGUCAAGCCUUUUUGCUGGUUCACAUUAUUUGGCUCAUUUUACUUGGUAUUUUCGUGCUCUUUGGGUUUCUUUGACGCAAUCAGGUCUUCACUUCUUUUGGUUUUCAGAUUUUUUGUUGUUGUUGUUGGUUUUAUACCGCCCUGAGUUUCAGAUGAGACCAUAGAUAGAUUUGUAUAACUAAUUCAUCUGCAUAUAUCUCACUUAUAUUUGUAACUUAUUUACUUACAAUCAAUUGUUCCACACUGUUAAAAUUACAAUAUUCAUAUGUUUGUGUCUUCGAUCUUCAUUUUCACUGCAAGUUGUGUCACAAUUUUGUAUUUUCCCUUGAUGAUUGCACAUUUCUAUAAAGAAUUGCCAUUUCUUUUUGUCUUGCUGUAAGUUCAUACUACUUUGGAUUUGACCAUUUC